AUGGCGCCAAAGACUUCACCCUCCAUCCUCACCCUCCCCUCUUCACUCCGCACAAGCCUCAUCGCCCUCCACCACCGCCCUCUCCACCGCCUCGCCCGUCCCACCCUCUCAAUCCCGAAACCUACCCCCUUCGUGCCAGACGUCCCCACCUUCCUGACUCUCAUCGGCCGUAACCUCUCCGCCCACGCCGCCAAGAUCCCCUCCUGGGAAGCCCUCUUCACCCUCACCUCUGACCAACUCCGGGAGUCUGGCGUCGAACCCCCUCGAGCGCGACGCUAUCUUCUCUGGUGGAGAGAUAGAUUCAGGAACGGCAUCACAGGGAUCGGAGGCGAUUUAAAGGAGGUCAAGGAUGGUAUUGCGGAACUGAGGGUGGUGGAGGUGCCGAGUGAGCGGAAGGUGGAUAGGGAGGCGACGUUGAGUCGGAGUGCGGGAAUGAGGAAAGUGGUUGUCAAUGUGCGGCCAACGGAGAAAGGGGCCCUCGUGGUGCCGGAGAAGGCGGAGAUGAGGAAUGUGCAGCCUGUGGCUGGCGUGAGAUUGGUGCAGGGAGGCAUCAUUGGUGGCACAGGGGUGGAGCAGGUCAAGGGGUACGAGGGAGUGGCGAGAUUGAAGGUCAAAGAGGGAUUGUGGGAGGAAAGACGGGGCCACAAGGUGGAUGGUGGUGAGAGGCGGAAAGCGGAGGUCAGGUACAAGAGACGGAUUGCUGAGAGGAAGAACGCGAGGUAG